UAAAAAGUUUGGUCAACAAUUAAAAAUGUAAGGUGGGUGGAUGAUGGUUCCGGGUAUACUACACUGCCAAGCAUGAGACCUGGGGCCUAAAGGAAGUAGUAGCCCGAUCCUGCUCUCAAGUAGGGUGGUCAGCCUAUGCCCACUAACCCAUGCAGCCUUCGUGGUGCUGUGUUAAAAGACUGUUUCACCGCAUAGCUACCCCACCAGCUCCAGUCCCCAGUACAGUCCUGUCCUGGGUUCUCCCACAUCCGCAAGCAGUUGAUGGUCCGGAUAAAGACUCGGGAUCUGCUCGUGGGCAGCUUGUUACCUACUGCCCGAGGGUGUGAGCUGCGCUUGUAACAACACCCUCGUCUGGACUGGGGUUCAGGUAAGCGGCUGCGGGUUGCAUGGCGGCGUCUCCUGAGUCGGGGUGCCUACUGCGGUCUCCCUCUUUGUUCUUUCUUAUACUGCUUCUCGGGAUUGCGCUUCUGUGUCGGCCUUUGUGCAGGCUUGGGUGCAGGCCUCUAGGGUUGGGUUGGUGCAGGUGCUGCGGUGGACAUCUAUAACUGUUUGUCUCUGCGUCCGUUCUGUAAGCUUGACCAAGAGCUGUGACCAGAAGUGUUCAAAGGCCCACUCGAUUUUCUCCUUGUGGGGGGCCACGACACCAUGUUCCCUCAUAGCCGCCAUCUUUGCCGUGAGUCUGAGGUCCUGAAGUUUCUUGUGUUUGGUACUGCUUUUUUCCUCACCUCAGGCUGGUUGCAGUCUGACAUCAAGUGGGCGCUGGGAUAUCCCCCGCCGUUUCAAAGGGGGUUGGAACAGGGCUCCGAGUGGUUCGUGCUUAGUUGCGAACCCAGGGACGGGAGACCGGCCUUCUCUCCCAGCACCCGGCCGACACUCCCAGGGUCAGUUGCGAUGAGUAUCCGAUGUGCUCAGGCACUUCAAAUCCCUUUAGAUUAGUGACUACAGGAAGCAAGAGUAGUCUGCUGUUGUUAUAGAUCGUCCUGUGGCAGGUUGAAGGCAGAUUACUUAAAAGAUAACUUUGAGUCAGCAAGAGCUACUGUAAAGCACGUCCUGCCAUCUUGGGUGCUAGCUCCCCCCCUCCCCCCAUGGUUAACAUCUUUUUAAACAACCGGUUGUCAACCUUUAACAACAUCCUGCACUAUUAUUCUAUAUUUUAUGUCUCCUGUAUGUAUAUACCACUUUUGGAAUCUGUAAAGGGGUACAAGCAAGAGGGUUCCUGUUGCUACCUUUAAGGGACACUCCAGGCAACCAGACCACUUCUGCCCAUUGGAGUCGUCUGGGUGCCAACUCCCACUACCCUUAACCCUGCAGCUGUAAAUAUUGCAGUUUUCAUAAACUGCAAUAAUUACAUUGCAGGGUUAACUCCUUCUUUAGCGGAGUGAGAGGGCACUUCCUGGUUUCUAGCACAGGUUUUCUGUGCUAGAGCGUCGCUGGACGUACUCACGCUGUGUGAGGACCUCCAGUGUUGCUCAAUUCCCCAUAGGAAAGCAUUUUCAAUGCUUUCCUACGGAGAGGUCUAAUGCGUGCACGCGCGCCAUUGCUGCACAUACGCAUUAGGUCUCCCCUGCCGGCGGCUGCUAAUGCGCAAUCGGUCUCCCCCAUCGGAUGACAUCGGCAGGGGAGGAGCGUGGCCGGACCCGAAACCACCACCCAGGGACAUCGGCGGGGAUCUCAGGUCAGUCACUGAAGGGAUUUACACCCCUUCAGCAACAUCGGAUGGGUGGUGGGAGGGAGAGGGGACCUGCAGUGCCAGGAAAACGGUUUGUUUUCCUGGCACUGGAGUGUCCCUUUAAAGGCUCAGAAAGCCAGUAUGUUCAGAACCAUAACGUUGAAAAUGCUCUAGCAUUGUGAGCAUUUCCUCUUUUACAUUUUGCUUUACUAAUACAAAUUAUAAGCGAUAUUGUACUAUUGUAUAUUUCUUCUUAUCUCGUCCCAUGCUGUAUGGUUUAGCGCUGCACUAUACAAUGUUGUGUUUGAAAGGAAUAGUGGGGUAGCAUCACCUAAACCUUGUUCUAGCACAUUGUGUGUUUUUCUCAUUAUUGUAAAUCAUAGUGCCCAGAAAACUAAACUGUAAAAUGUAGACAAAUAUAUCUGACAAGGAAAAAAAAUAAAAUAUAAUAAAUAAAUCUCCAACUCGGCUGCAGUUAUUUCAGCCCGAGCUUUCCAAUCCCUGUUUAGUGAAUGAGCUCUCCAAUCACAGCCCAAUAGAAUCUCCAGAUGUAAAAACAGCGCGAACGUUCUGAGAACCACACAACAUUCCAAAAUAGAACGCCCGCGUGACGUCACUCAGAACUGUGCGUGUUCGCAGUGUAACGAAUGCUUCUGUCUGAUUGGUUCUCGCCGUUGCCUUCCAUCCAUUGGUUGAGUAGCUGGAGGGCAGUGUGCUGUUAUCCAAUCAGCAGAGAGGCACUGUGUGCUCUGUUUCAUGCUUGACCCGGAUGUGGUUUAUGCAGUUCCUGAUCCCUGUGUUUACAUCUGGGAAUGAUAACACUGGAGCUGUGAGUAACCCAUAGCUAGCUGCUAAUACAGAGGCAGAGAGCUGGCAGGAGCUUUAUAGAGAGGGAGCUGCUGUUUAAUUGUGUAUUCAUUAUAACUGGAAUAUCCUCCUGUUUAGCAGCUACAGACUAUAACAGCAUUGGUUUGAUAGUGGCAGCAAGUCCUUGGAGGGUUAUGGCUCCCAGGUUCCUCAAUACAGACUGGGCUAGGUUGGCAUUUUACAGCUAAUAAUCCCAUAAUCCAGUAUGUUACAUAAAUAACAGUAAAAUGGUGAAUGCUGAAGUAAAAUAAUAAUAAUAAAAGAAGGCAGUCAGGAGCCAGCAUUUCUAUAGCUUACUAAAUAUUUAGAAAUGUAAACACCUACAGUUCUUUUAUUUAAAGGGAACCUAUGAUGCCCACAAUGAUUUUAGCAUUAUACAUUUUGAUAGUAAGUGUAUAAAUUAGAAGAAAGCCCUAUUUAAAAAGGUUUUUUUGGGUGUAUUUUAUGCAACUUGUAAUGUUAUGUACUCUGACACGCUUGUAAUCGCUGUUGUGGAGCUACGAGAACCAUUGUACGUAUAUACAAAAAUAGAGGAUAAUUUAAAAAAUACAUUAAAAAUAAUAGGUUUUUCUUCCAUCCAGAAACUCAACACAGAGGAAUUGAGAAACAGGGAGAGCAGAGAAGACCUCCCGCUGUGGUUGCUAUGGUAAUUCCCUAGCUAGUGCUGGUUAAAUGUAUAGGAGCCGAGUGUCAUGAUGUCACUCUGUUCAGAUACGGCACGCUUGCAACAAAGCCAGUGUGUUGACAUCGUGGAGGAGGCUUGACCUGCUUGGGGAAGUGUACCCAAGUAUGGCAAAUCAACGAAGAGCUGAGGAGGAGCAGAGGUGGACCCAAGUUGAGUGUUACAGAAUUGUAACACUAAUCUCUGAGAGGAGAUUGCAGUGCUGAUAGUUUUCCUUUAACGGUUUCCUUUACUAUAAAUUUUCAGAUUAUUUCCUGCAUUCCUUAGGAUAACCAUUUGUUGAUAAUCUUAAUUUUUCCAAGUAUAUAUCCUGUGUCAAAUAUCUUGUUUAAUGCUUAAAGGGAUACUAUAGUGUUGGGAAUGCAAAGUUGUAUUCCUAAUUCUAUAGUGCCCUCUGGUCCCCUCCUCCCUUGUGCAAAAACUGUUUACUCACCCGAUUACAGCACCGAUGUUUCCUCGAGCUAGGUCAUUGCUCCACUUCCUGCUGUGCACACUCAAUGUUUUCCUGUGGGAAUUUCACUGACGCUGGAUGUCCAGCAUAAUUUAGGAGACCCAGAGUCCAGCAAAAAUUCCCAAAAGCACCUCUAGUGACUGUCUGGUACUCUACCACUAGUAGCUGUCUUUGUAGUCCAAUGUAAACAUUGCAGUUCCACUAAAAUGACAUGUGGUCCAAUUUUGCAUCCAGACUGGUUUGAACACUAUAUGAUUAGUAUGAAUAAAAGGUUACAUUUUUUAUUACUCCACUGGUUAUAAAGUGGAAAAGUCACUUUUGUGGUCAUAUGUUCGCAUUUAUGCCUCAAAGUGACGUAUAUGCUUACAUGCUGGUGGGCAGAGGGGAAAAUACAUAUAUUUAUCUUCUCUCUCUCGCACUAUGUAUCUCUUAUUCGCCCAGGAGCCAAUAAAAAAAAAAAAAACAAGGUCCUAUAGACAAUUGCUUAAAGGACCACUCUAGGCACCCAGACCACUUCAGCUUAAUGAAGUGGUCUGGGUGCCAGGUCCUUCUAGGGUUAACCCAUUUUUUCAUAAUUAUAGCAGUUUCAGAGAAACCGCUAUAAUUAUGAAUGGGUUAAGCCUUCCCCCUAAUCCUCUAGUGGCUGUCUCAUUGACAGCCACUAGAGGCUAUUUCUCACUGUGAUUUUCACAGUGAGAGCACGCUAGCAUCCCAUAGGAAAGCAUUGUAAAUGCUUUCCUAUGAGACUUGACUGAAUCUUGGCGCAGCUCUUGCCGCGUGCGGCGCAUUCAGCGGUGAGCUACGAGGCGGAGAGGAGGAGGAGAGCUCUCCGCCCAGCUGGCUGGAAAAAGGUAAGUUUUUACCCCUUUCCCCCUUCCAGAGCCGGGCGGGAGUGGGACCCUGAGGGUGGGGGCACCCUCAGGGCACUAUAGUGCCAGGAAAACGAGUAUGUUUUCCUGGCACUAUAGUGGUCCUUUAAUCUUCAGUAUUUGAUCUUUAGCUGUCACACACAACAGAUGAUAGGAAAUAGUAGUGUGUGGCCCCUCAACCCAUUUUGCCUAAUAUUGCUUUAUAUAUAAUAUGAACUAAUUUGUUGUGUUUUUUUUUUUUUUUAUUGUUUUGAUAAAUCAAUGUAAUUUGAACAGUGUUUUUCACAAAGUUUUCUAACUUUUAGAAAAACUCCAGAGUGAAUGCUGCUUUAUGGGAAAAUCAGCUGGGGGUCUAUAUUUGAUCCAUGUUCUAAACAUGAAAGGGAAACUAUAGUCCUGAAAACUAUAGUCCUGUACAUUGCUCCCUUCUUGCAAUGUACAGACUAUGCACCCCCCUGUAAAAAAUGGAUCUAAAUAAAUAUUACUCUACUUUUUUUUCAACGCCGGGACUCUUCUGCUGCAGCCUCCAGUUCCGUUUCUGGUGAUGAUGGCAAGCAUGCAGACGUCACGUGCGAUCUAAUCAAAUUAAAUUUUUCUCAUAGUGAAGGAUUGGAAGGCACAUCUGCUCUCUUCCAAUCAAAUUAUGCUAGUUUAACUUGGUUAUGUAGACACAUGGACAGUCACUAGAUGCUUCCUUAACCCUUCUUUAAAGUAAACAUUGCCGUUUUUAUAAAUCUGCAAUGUUUACAUUAAAGGGUUGAAACUACCAGACCCCAGACAACUUCAUUGAGAUGAAGUGGUCUGGAUGACUCUAGUGGUCCUUAAACCUUUUUACAAAUGUGUAUUUGUGUAAUUGCUUAGUACUGCUCACUUUGCUUUGUCAUUGUAUAAACAAAAAUCUUAUUUCAACCAUGAAUUAACAUACAUAUAUAUAUUUUUUUUAGGUGUACUUUAAUGUCAUCAUUAAUUUAGACCAGGGCUGCACCUCCCCCCAGAUAUUUUAGAUAGCCAACACCCAUGUUUCUUUGAAUGAAACAAAUGGCCAGGGAAUCAUGGGAGUUGUAGUUCAAAAGAUCUAGGUGGCCGCAUGUUGUGCAGGCCUGAUUUAGACUAAUAGUUUAUUUUUCUACUGGAGAUAUUUGAAUGCCUCUUGUCAUUAAUCUGGCAGUGGAAAAGUUGGAACAAUACUCAGUGCUUUUUUUAUUGUCCCAAAAGUCAUGUUUGUUUAUUAGUACCAAAGUGCUGCUUGUUUAAGAAUGUUUGAUAUGCUGGUUCCCACAGAUGCCUCUGGGAUUGAAGCCAACAUGCAGCAUGUGCAAAACCAAUUCUUCUUCCAUGUGGAAGAAGGGGAACCAAGGAGAGAUUCUUUGCAAUAACUGCACUGGGAAAAGUAGCAGUUACGGACCCAGCACUGGUGGGAGCAGCACCUUCAGCGGAGCAAUUUUCGCAAGCACCUCAACUUCACAACAAAGCAACGGGGGCAGCAGUAAGCAGGUGUGUCUGAGCUGUAAGUGUAGGGUAGGGACUGUAUGCAGAAACGUGUAUGGCAAGAAUGAAUGGUUAAAUGUUUUGUUACAAUAGUGCUAUUGUCAUAUAAAUGGCUAUUCAUUCAGUCUAAACAGGAAAUCCACAGAAGAUCUGCCCGUCUGAGAAACACCAAAUAUAAAUCAGCACCAGCUGUUGAAAAAAAGGUUUCCACCAAAGGAAAAGGCAGGCGUCACAUAUUUAAACUGAAAAAUGUAAGCAAAAUAUUAGCUAUCUACUUAAUUUUCAAAAAUGUUAUGUUCAUAAAUACAUGUAUGUUAUUAGUGUAAAACUCUAGUGACUACAUUUCACAGACCUGAUAUAAAAGGAUUCUUAAAGCACUGGGUCUUUUGGUCAUGUAAAGUGCAUAGGUUAGGGUGCAAGAAAUCCCCUUUUUUAUCUCUCUGCUCAUUGUACGUUACAAGCAAAAAAAAUAAUUUAUUGAGCAUAAAUUAUUAUAUAUUUAAAGAUGUAUAUGCCAAUCAUUGUAGUGUAUGUCUGUAACGUUAUCUGUAUGUCUAGAACAAUUUUUUUGUUGUCAUUUUAAUUCUAGCCGAUUAAAGCCCCAGAAGCUGUAUCUACAAUAGUAACCAGCGAGUCCAUUUUCCAUAAGGUAUGUUUUUGAUGUAAUUCACAUUCAGUAUAUUAACUGAGAGCGGAAUGUUAUUUUGGUUCUUAUUUUAUUAAAGAUAAUUUGGAUUUCUGUACAGAUAUAUAUUAUACAGAUGUUGUAAUGUGAACAAAUGCUGUAAUAUUCCACGCUCUGCUUACUUUUUUGUCUCUUCUCAGUCUGUCCCCUGCUACAUUCCCAUAGCCACCACCACCAGUGUAUCUUCCUUCACACUGUUUUCCUACAUUUCUAAUUAGUAUACUUAUUUUUUUUUUUUUCCUGUCUUUUUUUUCUCUCUCACCUCAUCUAAUGUAUCCACUUGUCUUGCACUGUUCCUUUUAAUAUGGUAUUCACAUUAAUAUUCUUAUUUUAUCUUAGGAAUUUUAACCUCCCCAUCUGUUUAUUUGGUAUGGAAGAAGCUUCUAGUUUGCAUGUCUUACUUUGUUACUUGUAGUCCCACUCAGCUGAAUGCGUUAAAAUGACACAGAGCAAAAACUAGUGGCAGACAAAACUGGUCGCAUAAGAGAAAAUCUUCUGGUCUCCUCAGACAGACAACAUAUUCAAAUUAUAUUCUAUAUGAGAAUGUACUUGAUCCCCUUACUGGCUGGGUUAAUUUACUUAAACAAUUAUGCCUUUGGGCUGAGGGUAAAUUCUUGAUCAGUGAGAUGCACUGCAUACCACAUAAAAAUGUUGAGUAAAGAAAGUGGAAUAAUUUUGUGUGCUUUCAAUGUUAAGAUGUCUGUGCUUUCUGUAAUUUAAUCCUUGUUCACUGUUUGCUGUAGGGUUUGUACUAUCAGGUCGGUGAUGUUGUUUCAGUUACUGAUGAAGAUGAUGGUAAAACAUACUAUGCCCAGAUCAGAGGUUUCGUUCAGGAUCAGUACUGUGAGAAGAGUGCGGCUCUGACAUGGCUGAUCCCUACUCUGUCAAGUCCACAGGACUGCUUUGAUCCAGCAUCUUAUAUAAUAGGUUUGUAUCAAAAUUGUAUUGGUGUGUUUAGCAAAUUACAGGAAUUCUGUGAAGAACUAAUUUUAAAAAUGUCACAAAAUUACACACUGCACAUAUAUUUCCAACCAAAUACGAGCCUGCUAAGAUCAGAUUGCAGGAGUUGGCACAAUGGGGAAUGUUUAUCAAAUUGUUCUGAAAAGUGAAAGCUUCCAUUAUUUAUGUUGUACAUUUUAAAAAAAAUUAUCUAAAAAGUGACUGUUUUCCUUAUAUUAAAUUCUGCCACUCUUCUCUUUGAAACCACAUACUUUACAUGUGAAGACAAAAAGUCAAGUAUCUUCAGAGAUACUCAAACUAUGCACAUUUUAUAGAUUUCUUUUGUUCUUUGCAGAACCACUAGAGUGGAAUAAACUAAUAGAUGUUAUUAGCAGUCGAUCUGCCCAGAAAGAUAAAUAUAAAUUUACAGUGGAUAAAUACAGGGCACACAAUAGGUGUAAUAUAGUAGGUAAUUAAAGUAAGUGUAAUAUCACUGAAAUGGUCAAAUACCCUACUCAUUGGUGGGUUUUAAAGGAACACUUCCAACAACACAACUCAAAUUAAUUUAAGUUGUUAUGGAGGCAGGAGUGUCUGGGCACCUUCUUACAUUCAGGGAUUUGGCAAUGGUUUAACUCUUAAUUUGAGUCUCUGGAACUACUGCCUUUUUGCUUCUGUUCCUUGCUGCAGUGCAGUACAAGGAAGGGUUAGCCGGGAGGCCACUAAAAGCGGCGACAGCGUCCAUUUCUUCUUAAAGGGACACUCUAGGCACCCAGACCACUUCAGCUUCUUGAAGGUGGUUAAUUGCUUUGUCUUCUCUAGGACCAGAUGAAGAUCUCCCCAGGAAAAUGGAAUGUCUGGACUUUGUGUGUCAUGCUCCUUCGGAAUAUUUCAAAUCUCGUUCUUCCCCCUUCCCCACCUUGCCCACCAGACCUGAAAAGGGGUACAUUUGGACUCAUAUGGGCCCCACUCCUGCAAUCAACAUAAAGGAAGCUAUUGCAAACCACUUGUAGCUUUACUUAUGGAUUAUAUUUCCUUUACGUUCUGGGUUCAAAAACUGUUUACCAACCUGCAGGUCGCCUGUGAUCCCACAGUGAAGAUUUAAAGAACAGCAACAUAGGAAGAAAUGACAGUUCAACUGACUACCUUCUUUUUAUACUUUUAUUUUUUUUAAGCAUAUGCAUUAUUUUGUCACUGUAUAAAAUGUAUGCAAUGUCAACAGUAGGCGUAGGCAGGCUGAAAACUGAAUUGCAAAAGACAAAAAUAGUAGUUUUUCAGUGUCUCUCCAAUUUGACUAUUUUAGCCUGCUUUUUUUGCAGUUUAUUUUUCAAUUCACCAAAAAUCACUGUUUAGUGAAUAAUCUUUUAUGUGUACCAUGUUAUAAUUAUCAAAACUAAAAUAUACUUCACAGCUGGCUAUUCUAGUUUGUGAGUCAUUAAAAACUUGUUUUAUUUGAGUCAAUUGAUGCAGUAAAAUGUGAUCUGUUCUAUGAAGCAUUUUAAAGGGUCACUCAGUGUUACAACUUUUUUGAUAGCAUUAAGCCUUGUGCUACAGGGGUGUGGAAAUGAAAACAAAUCUACCUGCCCAAGGGGCUAAAGCAAUAGCCUAAUCUACUUAUCUUUACACACAAAAUCAUGUUGGAUUAAGGCUCCUAUCUAGAGCCCAGGGCCCAAAAAAAAAUGAGAAUCUUAUCCGAAUAGAAAAACUGAGGCAAAAAACUCC